GGGAGUUGUGGGAGUGUGACGCUACAACCACCUUAUAAAGGGACUCACCGUGUGUCUUGAAAUUAGAGCACGUUGCCUAAAUUUGAGGUCUCCACACAGUCACUGAAAAGCCGCUGUAAUGCAUUCGUUGAAGUUGGACCACAUGCUUCAUAUGACCGAGACGCCGCUCUUCUGGGUCGGGACAUUCACCGUGGCCUCACUGUCUUUAUGGGUGCUCCACCGACUCCUCCAGGGUUUUCGGUUUUGGGUCUUGGGAAAUGGACAGUUGCUCUCUCCGAAAUUGGGCAAAUGGGCAGAAUCGACAAAGAUGUCCAGUACAGAUGAACCACAAACCAAUUUGCGCAGGUUGUGCACUCCUCAUUCAGAGAUCUGUUGUGGUUGUGACGGGAGCCACAGACGGAAUCGGGAAAGUCUAUGCAGAGAAGCUUGCUGGAAAAGGGUUUGCCAUGAUGCUCAUCAGUCGCUCCCAGGACAAGCUGGAUGACGUCGCCAGGCAGCUUGAGGAGCAAUACAAGGUGGAGACCAAGACCAUCGCUGUGGACUUUGGUCUGUCGGAUAUCUACCCCAAGAUCGAAGCUGGACUGGCAGGCCUGGAGAUCGGAGUGUUGGUGAACAAUGUUGGAAUCUCCUAUCCCUACCCUGAGUACUUCCUGCAUAUUCCUGACCUGGAUAACUUCAUCACCAACAUGAUCAAUGUCAACAUGACCUCUGUUUGCCAGAUGACCCGUCUUGUCCUGCCCAGAAUGGUUCAGAGGUCCAAAGGUGUGGUCCUCAACAUCUCCUCUGCUAGUGGCAUGUACCCUGUCCCACUCCUCACUGUAUACUCCUCUUCCAAGGCUUUUGUGGACUUCUUCUCUCGUGGACUUCAGGAGGAGUAUAAGGCCAAGGGAAUCAUUGUCCAGAGUGUACUGCCCUUCUUUGUGGCCACCAAGAUGACCCGUAUCAAGAAGCCCACCCUGGACAAGCCCACCCCUGAGCGCUAUGUGGCCGCGGAGCUGAACACCAUCGGACUGCAGGGCCAGACCAACGGCUACUUCCCCCACGCUGUAAUGGGCUGGCUGACCACUGUCCUGGUGCCUAUUAACUUGGUCAUCUACUUCGGGGCCAGGAUGAACCGAGCCCAACGCACCGGAUACCUGAAGAGGAGGAAGCUGAGGGAACCGGCCAACCAGAGCAACGGGAAGAGUGACCGGCUGAAGAGCGAGUAAAACCAACUCCAUAGCAACGAAUGGAGACUAGAAGCUGACCAUAGAACUACCCUGGACUGUGUCUGUGUUGAUCAGGCCCCCCCCCCCCCCCCAGACGUUUCACAUUGUUUGUUUAGUUUUAGCCAUAAACUGGCACACCUGAUUCCAUUUAGUUGACUAAUGGUGUCAAGUGUGCCAUUUUAGGUUUAAAACCAUGUGAAACGUCUGGGGAAGCCUGAUUAGAGGGUUGGGCAAAGCUGCAUUAGAUAAUGUUGUUGAAUUUUCACUUUUUUUGUGUCAGAGUCCAUAUUGAUGUAACUUUAGCAAGUCUCUCUGAAUGAAGUAGUAACUGGCCACAGUGGCAGGAACAAAAUAAAUGAAAGGAAAAGGUCUUUGUUCUCAGCACAGGGAAUAGUUAUUUUUCUAUGUAAACAAAUGAAUUGGUGAUAAGAAUCUCAAAUAUAUUUUUAUGUACGUAAAAGCAAGCUAGAUCUUCAGGCACUUUACGAAAUUGUGUUUAUACGCUGUGGCUGAAAAGUGUACAAGUGGUGAUCUUAAUCCCUCCUGUCCUUGAUUCCUAAUUUCCUUAACACCUCUCUAAGCUCAUUGGAGGACAGGCUCAAAGGUCCCACCCCUCGAACACCUUCCAAUGAGCUUCCAGAGGGAGGAAUCAAGAACCCGGAUAGUCAGAGUUGAUGGCUUGUACACGUUUCAGACCUUAGCCCAUGUAAGGAUCUCUCUCCAGCCUCAGCUUGUCUUGUCUUUAGCUGAGUUGUUGGCCUUUUUUUUUUCUGUGGUUGUUUUUGUGGAUUUGUUUUGUUUCCUGGUUUUAAGUUGUCCAACUGCAAUCUUGUAAGGUUGUUUUAUGGAUUUGAUGGAGGGAAACAAAAGUACAUUCUUUUCUCUCUUUCUCAUCCAGUUCUUGUUGGUUUUGGUCCAACGAGGGACUUUGGCACAUUGAUGUCCUUGUAUGGAGCUCUGAACGAGUGACACUAAUAGUUGAAAAGCUGACCAUACACGCUGUUGGCUUACAGCUCAUACACUGUAUUGCAGAUACCAAAGAUUGUAUGUAUUAUAUUGUGCAAGAUUGCCUCUUUGUACAACGAGCACAACUCUUUCUGACUGUUUUGUUUGGGGGUUUGGUCAGUGAGGGCCUUGGAUCUCUCUGGCUUGUUCUGACCAAUGUUCAGACUUUAACCGUGGUGCCUUUUUUAGAAGAGUUCUCAGUGUGAAACUCAACCAGUUUUACAUGAUCAGGGAUGUUGAGCAGUGAAUUGCCAUGAACUCCUGCUACUUUGCACCUGUAUAAUAUUCAGAACUUUUCUAUGAUUUUAUAACUUAAAAAAAUACUGGGCAAUGUGCUCUGUAGUUUCACUCCAACUUUUUGUAUGAUUUCUGGAUAUUAUUAAUGAACAUGUACUAUGCUGUUUAAAAGGGAUUCAAAUGCAAAGUUUAUAUUCCUUGUGUUUAAAAAAAACAGUUGAUAAAACAUGGCGUAUGCUUU